AAAACGGUUCUUCCGCUGCCGGUAGACUGAACGUGAGGUACCAAGAAGAAGAAGAAAAAGCAGAAGUGUCUAUAACGUCGAAACAAUCACAGAUAGACCUUUUUAUGACACCGAGUUACAGCGGAGAAAAAUAAUAAAAUCAUCGUGUACAAGAUCUGUCGAAGCCAAUCCACUCCAGCAGGUGACCGACAAUGGCUGUGAACGUGUACUCAACCUCAGUGACCAGUGACAACUUAAGUCGUCAUGACAUGUUGGUCUGGAUCAAUGAGUCUCUACAGAUGAACCUCACGAAGAUAGAAAUGUUGUGUUCAGGUGCUGCCUACUGCCAGUUCAUGGACAUGCUGUUCCCCGGCUCUGUGCCUCUGAAGAAAGUUAAAUUUGGUGCCAAGCUGGAGCAUGAAUACAUCCACAACUUCAAGCUUCUGCAGGUUUCCUUCAAAAAGAUGGGGGUCGACAAAAUAAUUCCAGUAGACAAACUGGUGAAGGGGAAGUUCCAGGACAACUUUGAGUUUGUUCAGUGGUUUAAGAAGUUCUUUGAUGCCAACUACGAUGGGAAGGAGUACGACCCGGAGGAGGCGAGGCGCGGCCAGGAUGCCAUGCCCAUACCCAACACUGCCACAUCAGCUCUCGCCAAAACCCCUAAAAAGGCCCUCAAUCAAGCUCCUCAGAGGCCACCUGUUGCCAAGGUAGCGCCCAAGUUGGCUCAUGUCAGCGCCAGAAAGCCAGGGAUGGGAGGAGGCGAUGAGGAGAGGGCGGAGCUCUUAAAUGAGAUGGAGAUCCUGAAAUCAACCAUUCAGGACAUGGAGAAGGAGAGAGACUUUUAUUUUGGAAAGCUGCGAAACAUUGAGCUGAUUUGCCAGGAGAAGGAAGGAGAGGGCGACCCCACACUGCAGAGGAUCAUCGACAUCCUUUACGCCACAGACGAGGGUUUUGUGAUACCUGAUGCUGAGGAGCAGGAGGAGUUUUAAUAUUCAAGACUGCAAGCAACUUUUCACUUAGAUGCUCUGGUCUACACCUCGAGAUCCUUCCUCAAGCCAAGACAGCCAGUUUGGUUUUAUAUCCAACACCAAACCUGAUCUUGACUUGUGCCCCCCCUCCCACCCCAAACCCUAAACCCCAACCUGCCGGAUUUCUUCCUCCUAAGCCUUCAACUGCCGUACAGCUCCUUCUUCCCUGAAACAUCUUUUUACCAAUAAUCAACAAAGCCUCGGUCACUGCCUCCUCUUCCUCCAGUCCCCCCCCUACCCCCCCUACCCUCACCUGUAAUCCCAUCCUUCCCAAAACCAGAUCAUGCAGUACAUAUCUGGUUUUUGUAAUGGACUUGAGUGUGAAAAACACGGUGAUGUUCUCUGUGUGUGCGUGUGUGAGUGUGUAUACGUAUGUGCGUGUGUGGUUGUAUGUGUUUAAAAAAAAUCAAUUUGAAACAAAUCAAGCGUGAAGAACCUCCUCUGAAGACCCGGCUGUCAGGUCACCAAUCACUUUGUCCCAAACUAACCCAGAUCGUUUGAUGGCGCUGUAGCCGCUUUGUGCCUCUGCUGUUGACACUGAGUUUUAAUUAUUUGGAGAAAGAUGCACGCACAGAAGAAAAAGAAAAUACACAUUCCCAACUUGAACACUUAGUUUUGCAUCAAUUUGAACCAAACCUGAGGCGUAUCUUGUAUUAUUUUUCCUAGCUGGUCCCUAUUUUACUUAUACUAACAAUGAGUUGACUUCAUGGAGCCAGCAGGCCUUCAGAAACAUCAUUUGCCAGUUUGAUGUAGCCAGUAUGUUUCUAAGUAAGUUUAAAUAAGUAAAGAGCAACCUGUGGGCUGCACACGUUGACACUGAAGGGCUCAGGGUUUAGUCUGGGACGAGGCAGCAGCCGGGUCUUCUCUUGGCCAUUUUUCCACCAAGGACACCAUCCUGAUUUUGUCCUGUUGAGCUUCAGAUGAGUUUUGUAAAUGUAUGCUACUGUUCUAUCACAUUUCCCCCUCACUCCAUUUAUUUCAUUUUUUGUUUGUUUUUUUUCUGUUGUAUGGUUUUGGGGCACCUGUCUGUCAUGCUCUCAACUUUAUACAUUUGUUUUCAAUUGAGGUUGAGUUUUUUUUCCUCACACUCACUAAACGAUCACUGUUGGAAAGAUUUACAUCUAUAGAGAAAAGGGGUUUCUUAUUUAGAGAGCGGUUGCUGUUCAUGUAGCAGAUCUUUUUGCUUCCACUUCUCCCAUGCUCCCUCUCCACCGCGGUGUUCAGGCUUCUUACAUGUGCAAUCCUCAAGUCCAGGAAAGUGGCUUCCUCUCUGAGUGUAAGACGGCAGCCUUUUGAUCAACACGCCAACUUUAAGUAAAAAAUGCAACAACAAAAAAAGUUAGACUGCAUGAUCAACAGAUUUUGUAUUUUUGGUCUUUUUGGAGAACCUGCUUUCAGGCACGUGCACUGUUUCAUACCAGAGGCCUUCCCUCAGGCUGCAGCCAACACAAAUAAUUCCUUAUGGGAGAUUCACAGCAGCCACAUCACAAACACUGUGAGCUCCGACUGUGGCUGAACAGUGCGUUCACUACAUGUAGCCGACCACAGUCGAGACCAUCGUCUGAUCUCUGCCUGGCUGAGUUGUGGAAGUUGCUCAUGUGCUUCUCUCAGGCUUCGUCUUCAUCAGUGAAACCUCUGCUCUUGUUUCUAAUGUUGGAUUUAGUUUUUCCAUAAGACGUGGGAUCAAUGAGUUGCCACACUGAGGACAGAUUUCUUUCUGGGAAUGCUAGACAGGUGUCUUUUUCCUCCUUUUACCUAUUUCCACUUCCUGACUGACCAAUUUUAUUACUAAUAUUGUAUAUUGUGGAUCUGAUUUGAGACCAGUGUUUCCACUGUAAAGAUGUCAUAUCUGACAUAUUUGUACCUAAUUUGAAACAACACAUUAAUGUUGAUUCCACACAAACCGAUAACUGUUAACAGCAAUUUGUUAUUGGAAUAUAGAACUUUAUCAAUGGCCUUAUUCAGAGCAUUUUUCUUUUCAUAAGAAGACAUUUUUCUUAACUUUUUUUUUUUUUUACUUUAAUGUAAGUCUGCUGUUUUGGGCAAAUGUUUGUACUGUUAGUCAUAUUUUUAAUGUGUUCUGAAAAUAAACAACAUUGGAGGUAUUAUGGACAAAAGCUCAGAUGUGUCAGGGUGCAGCGGACCACCUGUCUUCCAUCUAAUGCUCAGAAAGCAAACAAAAAAAUAUAUUGAUGGUGUUUCAAGACAGUUUAAUUUAAUUAGAUGGUUUUUUGGUGAAUGAUUUGUGAUAUUCUUGCCAUGAGUUAGCUGAAAAAUGCAAGUUUUCAACAAAAUACAUUCUGCAGAAUUAAAUUAAAGGGGUGCUGAGUUGAGCUUUUUCAUCUGUGGAGCAGCUCUCCAUCUGAGAGGUGCAGAUAGUUAGUAUUUAAGUGUUGUAGCUACAUGAUUUAAUAGUUGACAGAACUCACGCCUUUAACAAGCACUGCCAUGAGGGUUGAAUGUUGCACACAAUCAAAGGAUGCCUGGGUGUUAGAUUUUUUUUGUAUUUUCUGGUAGUUUCCUUCAGUAAGACCACUUCUAAAAAAAUACAUUUCUACUUUUAACCUUUUUAGAAAUAAUUUCCAAAUCAUAUAUUUUUUUUAGAAUGUGUGCUUUUUAACACUCCAAAGAGUGAUUUGAGUUUUUUUCUUUCUAACCACAGUCAACCUUUGUAUUGUGGUGGUGAUGUGCAGAUGCAGUAGCUUCUUUUUUGUUAUUAACUCCAGCACAUUAGAUUUUAAAGCCAACUCUGAACAUGAGGUUAAACUUCUGACUUUUAGCUUUAAUUUGGGAGUUUUUACAUCCAUUCUGGGUGAUUACUUUAGGACGAAUACUCAGUUUUUUGGACAAUGAUCAUACAGAUGAGUCAACCAGGAAGUUUUUUCUGAGUUCGUCACCUCUUUCAGUGAAUUUCUAAAGGCAAAGAAACCCUUCACAUUUGCUGGGAGUGAAUCUGGCUGCAGCAGAGGCCUGAUAGAGCAUUAUCAAACUGCCUGCUAAUGUCUGAGCGACAUCAGAGGGUCCAAAUAUGAAGCAUAACUGUAUUUAGGUUCAUUUGUCAAACACUUUUUGGACCGGGCACUUUGAAUAAAGAGACCUCCCAUUCCUCUGCUGUUCACCUGAACAUGGAUGCAACCCCACAUGAAAUAAAGCUACAAGUCAGGACUUUAUUCUGCAAGUAAUUCUUUAAUUUCAAAUUUAAUGUGCUGAAGUACAGAUGCAACACAGCAAAAACUGCUUCCCCAAAAUGCUCCCUUCUGUCAGGAUCUUAGGCCCCAAAAUAUUUACUGUAACUACAACCUACUGUUAUGGAGACAUUUUGUGUCAGAGGACACCGCUCUGUUAACGAGUACGGCUUCCUGCAACUAAUGAACACUGUCAUUGUUGAAUAAUCUGCUUACCAGAAUCUCAAUUAAUCAAUUGUUUCAUGUAUAAAGGGUCAGUUGGCACAAUUCCUUGGAUCACAGGGUUGUGUUUCAAAAUGUCCUGAUUUAUGUUUAUAAUGAUAUAAAAUAGCAGGUCCUCACAUUUUAAGAGCUGAAACCAGGACAUUUUUGCUUAGACGAUGACUCAAAAUGACACAUGGACUAUCUAAAUAGUUUCUGAUUACCUCCCAUAUAUGCACACAGAAAGCCUAAAAACGUCAGAAGCAAACUGAAUAGUUGGAAAUUCAUUAAUACUGGCUAAACCGCCCUCGUCUGGUGCUUAAAGCAGGAUAAAUAAAUGCUCCAAAUUAAUUGCAAAUGCUAUUUCCCCUCACAAUAUUCCUAGGCUGGACUGUUUGUUAAAAAAAUUCUGAUUUGAGCACUUACAAACUCCUUAUGAGCCAUUUUUUAAGAUAUCUUUUGGGGACACCCGUUCAUGUUUGCUAGGUGGGUUGAUGCCAAGACAAAUCGUAGCACACUGAGGACAAACACACACUCCCCCUCUCUCUCUCUCUGUAAACUGUGAGCCUUCUCAAUGCAGGACAAAACUUGAAACUGUGGACAGAACAGCAGCUUCCCCCCAUUUGGAGCAGGUCUGGCGAGUGUGUGUUGUCGAGCCUUAGUGAAGAAGUGCUUUUUGUUAUGCAAUGUUAAAGGGGGAGCAGAUGUCCCCCCUUUACAUAGUGGCCUCUGUACUGAACCCAGUGCCAAUGUAACCUCCCUCCUCUAACUCCAACAGUCUGUAUUUAAUGAGUCACAAUACAAACUGUCAUCACUUCAGUCACUUGUCAGGUGGGAUUUAUGACAUCAUGAGAUGUUUCAUGAGGUUCUGACAAUCGCCUGGUUUUCCUGACAAGUCAUUGAAAGUGUUUCAAGUUGUGUGUUGGCUCUAGUCUGGUUUAAUGAUGGUAGUAAAUGUGUUGAUGUAAGUGUUACUGAGGAAGACUGUGUGCGGUGUUUGAUAUUAGAGGUUUCUUUGGAUGUUUUCAGUCAGACACACACCUGCAAGAGGCCACGCUCAGAAACUUUUGGCCACUCUGGGGAUCCAUAACUGUUAUCUCUGGUUUAAAUCAACAUGCAUGUUUGUGUCACUGCCAGCAGAUCUUCAGUGUGGCUGAAGUGCAGCGGCGUCACGCAGGUGUGUUUGCUGAAAAUGUCUGAGCAGAGUGAAAUGAUGGCUUUGAAGGUAGUGCUGGUGCUUGUGUGACCUCAGUGCCGAUAAGCGUUGCGUACACUGUGAGUCUCUCUCCUCUCUGUCUCCUGUUUCUGCUGGACUUUGAUGUGUUUGUUAUACUCUGGAAAACUCGGUUUUCUUCAAUCAAGUUUGGUACAGACAAUAAAAACAGUAUUUCCACGUCAA